AUGCAAGCAGACUAUGAGUAUGCCUUUGUACUUAGCAUUGACUUUGGCACUACUUACUCUGGGGCGUCGCCAAAGCAAGGUGGUGCGGUUUAUCCAAAGGUUCCUACAGUCUUGCUUUAUAAACAUGGAACCAAAGAAAUGAUUGCUUGGGGAUAUGAAGCUCUUGUUAUUUCGAGAAAACCCAAUAACAACGACCAUUUGGUGAAACGAUUUAAACUUCUGCUGGAUCCAAACGAAAAUGAAGUAAACGCACUUCCAAACGGCUUGACUGUUCUUAACGUACUCACCGAUUAUCUUCGUAUAUUUUAUAAAUAUGUUGAGAUAAAUAUUAAAACCACCAUCGGAAUAACUUUUAAUGCCGAUGAGUUCAUGUUUUGUCUUACGGUUCCAGCCAUGUGGAAUGAUCAAGCCAAAGCUACGAUGCGCGAAGCUGCUUUGCAGGCUGGUAUUAUAAAGACCACUGACCCCCCAAGUCGAUUGGUUCUUACUAGUGAGCCUGAAGCUGCGGCAAUGUACUGCAAAAACUUGUGGAAACAGUUCAAGUUUACCCAUGGAAAGCGUUUUAUGAUAUGUGAUGCAGGUGGUGGAACAGUAGAUUUGAUUGUAUUUGAGGUCUAUGAAGAGUCCAACGUAAAAACUCUUCGUGAAGUUACAAAGGGAUCAGGCAGGUGUUGUGGAUCAACGUUUCUGGACGUUAACAUGUUGGCUCUUAUCAAAAAACGCUUUGGAGUAUAUGCCAAAAAGAAUAAUGCAAUUAUUAAAAAUAUGUUGAACAGCUUCAUAGACAGUAACAAGGCUGGAUUUGAAAGAGAUGAUGAUGAGUACAUUGAUGUAAUAGCAGGAUUAGAUUUUGGUGACCAAGAUGGAAAAUUGUUUGGAGUGGAAGAAGGAAAAUUCAAAAUAACAAAAAGUGAACUUUGUAACGAGAUAUUUGACCCCGUUAUUGAGCAAUCCAAGUAUCUUUACAGUCAUAUAAAAACCACGUUUGAAGGCCAAGUUAAAAACAUUGCUAUGCCUCCCCGUGGUGAGAUGGCUGUAACGAGAGGAGCUGUAAUAUUUGGACUUCAACCGCGCACCAUUACUCAUCGAAUCGUAAGGCGUACAUAUGGUCUAAUGGCUUCUAUGGCAUUUGAUUUUAACUUGGAUUCAGAGGAUAAAAAGAUUCAUACAGUAGAAAAAGGGCCUCAAUGUAUACAUCGCUUUUCUGUCUUUGCCAAGAGAGGGGACUUGGUUGCCAUAAACCAAUGUAUUUCGAAACAAUUUACAAUAACUUACCCUCAUGAUACUGAAACAGAUCUGUAUGCAUAUAACGAGGAAAAUCUAGUUCCACGGUAUAUAGACCAUCCUGAUAUAAAAAAAGUGGGAAUAUUUCCUAUUAAAAUGCCAAAAAUUGAAAAGGCUGAGAAUGGAGAAGAUAUCGACCUGUUGAUUAAAAUGUACUUUGGCUUGACUGAGAUUCACAUUGAGGCCACUAUAAACGACAUGGUAUUUAAAUUUAGGCCAAAAAUGGAAGAACAUGAACCACAAAAAUCAGUAUAUUUAUAUACAGGUGGCUUUGAAUCGACGAAACCCAACCUUCGUAUAAACAAUGAUAACGCCUACUGUGAUUCGAACAUAACGAUUCAGGGUAGCAUCAAUAGAGACACGAAUGGGUCUAUUAGACCAAAGAAAUACUUUACAUUAAAGAAGUUCACAAAGAUAUUUUCUAAGAAGAAUGACUAG